AUAUAAAUCUGUUGUGGAGUUAACUAAACUCAUUGUAAAAUCACUUUCUCUCUCUUAUUUCCUUUUGAGUAUUCACCUUCUCUCUAGGCUUAUAACUACUACUGUACAACCUGGAAAACUGUCACCAAAAUCUCCUUCGCACAGAGACGACACAUUCGUAAAAUUCUCGAUUCCAACUUCUUCGUUAGUAACUAACUAACGGUUUUUUAUUUCCUUUGUAUUCUUUUAUUCCCAAAUUACCCCUUCAUCUACUCCUAAUUUUCAUUUCAAUGCCAUUGUAAGCUUCAGAUCUGAACCAGAGUUUCUAUUUUGAAAAGUUCAAGGACAGUUAGAAGAAUGAUCACAUGGAAGGACCUGUACACCGUCUUAACAGCGGUGGUUCCCCUAUACGUGGCUAUGAUAUUGGCCUAUGGUUCGGUUCGCUGGUGGAAGAUAUUUACACCGGACCAGUGCUCCGGCAUCAACCGGUUCGUCGCCAUUUUUGCUGUUCCUCUUCUUUCAUUUCACUUCAUCUCCACUAACAAUCCAUAUAAGAUGAACUUCCAGUUCAUCGCCGCCGACACUUUACAGAAGAUCAUUAUGCUCUUCGUUCUAGGAAUUUGGACCAAUUUAACUAAAAACGGCAGCUUAGAGUGGAUGAUUACCAUUUUCUCACUAUCUACCCUGCCGAACACCUUGGUCAUGGGGAUUCCGCUCUUGAAAGCUAUGUACGACGAAGUCGACUCGGGAAGUCUCAUGGUUCAGGUGGUGGUGCUCCAGUGUAUCAUCUGGUAUACUCUCCUCCUUUUCCUUUUCGAGUAUCGUGGCGCCAAGAUGCUGAUCAUGGAGCAGUUCCCGGAGACUGCUGCUUCUAUCGUUUCCUUCAAGGUCGAUUCCGACGUCGUCUCACUUGAUGGCCGGGAUUUCCUGGAGACUGACGCCGAAAUUGGUGACGACGGAAAGCUUCACGUGACUGUCCGAAAAUCCAACGCUUCAAGGCGGUCACUAGGUCCCUGCUCUCUCCCGGCAUUGACACCUCGGCCAUCGAAUCUCACAGGCGCCGAGAUUUACAGCCUUAGUUCCUCCCGGAACCCAACUCCAAGAGGCUCCAACUUCAACAACGCAGAUUUCUACUCAAUGAUGGGAGUUCAGGGCUUCCAGGCCCGACAUUCGAAUUUCGGACCUGGUGACAUGUAUUCCGUUCAAUCUUCGCGAGGUCCGACUCCAAGGCCAUCAAAUUUCGAGGAGAAUUGCGCUCCAAUGGCGACACAGACUGCACCCUCCCCGAGGUUCGGAUUUUACCCGGCUCAAACGGUGCCUUCGGCGUACCCGGCUCCGAACCCGGAAUUCGCAUCCACUGUAGCUAAGAGCUCGAAAAACCAAACGACUCAAGAGAAGCCACAACAGCAACAACCGGGUCAGCAGGGUUCGGCGGCUAAAGCAAACCACGAUGCUAAAGAGCUUCACAUGUUCGUUUGGAGCUCGAGCGCAUCUCCAGUCUCCGAAGGUGGUGGGCUCCACGUAUUCGGCGGUACGGACUUCGGAGCUUGUGAGCAAUCUGGCAGGUCUGAUCAAGGUGCCAAGGAGAUCAGGAUGUUGGUUGCUGAUCAACCUCAAAAUGGGGAAAGCAAAGUUCCGGAAAGCGAGGGCUUUGGUGGAGAAGCUUUCAGUUUCGCUGGUAGGAAUGGAGAGGGAGAUGAGGAGUUAAGAGAUCAGAAAGAUAUGGGACCCACUGUGCUGAACAAGCUGGGGUCCAGUUCCACGGCGGAGCUACACCCAAAAGUUGCGGGGAACCCAGAUCUCAGCGUCGGCAAACAAUUGCCGCCGGCGAGUGUUAUGACUCGUCUAAUCCUGAUAAUGGUUUGGAGGAAGCUUAUCCGAAACCCGAACACCUAUUCCAGUCUCAUUGGUCUCAUUUGGUCUCUUGUCUGUUUCCGGUGGAAUGUGAAUAUGCCGGAAAUAAUAAAGCAAUCAAUCUCCAUACUGUCCGACGCAGGUCUUGGAAUGGCUAUGUUCAGCUUAGGUCUCUUUAUGGCUCUUCAGCCCAAGAUAAUUGCAUGUGGGAACUCAGUUGCCACAUUUGCCAUGGCUGUUAGAUUUCUUACUGGUCCUGCCGUAAUGGCUGUAGCCUCCAUUGCAGUGGGCCUUCGUGGUACUCUGCUUCACGUAGCUAUAGUACAGGCUGCGCUUCCACAAGGAAUUGUUCCUUUUGUGUUUGCCAAAGAGUACAAUGUCCAUCCAGCCAUUCUUAGCACUGGGGUGAUAUUUGGAAUGUUGAUAGCAUUACCAAUAACACUUGUCUACUACAUAGUUCUUGGAUUGUAAACCUGGCAACUAGUGUUCCCGUAGUUAGCCGAAAUACAAAAGCAAAUGAAGAGUUCUUUUUUUUUUUUUUUCACGAAUUGACUAAUAUUGUGUGGCAACAACACUUUGGGGAGCUCAUCUUCAGAAUACCACACCCAAAUUAUAUACUUAGUACAUGAGAAUUUUUCGGCAGAGAAGAAGAUCAUAGUACCAAGGAGAUACGCCAAGAUUAUUUUCUGCUUCCAAAAUUUUUGGAGCUCAGUUUGACUAAUUAUCGUUGAAGUGCAGAAAAAAGAAUUAAACAAAAACAAAUUUAUAAUCUUCAUUUGCUCCCCACAUUAGGCCAAAACUUGUCUAAUACAUAUUUUUCUAAAGCACGAGGGAGGAAGCCAUGUAAGCUAGUUCCCUUUCUAUGUGUCUUAUGGGAGACAAGAUGAUAAGAAAACAAGGAUAAGGGAAGUAGUGCAGUCAAUGAUAUGUAAUUCAUUCUCUUCAUUUUGGGUUAGGCAUAUUGUAGUUUAAAAAGUCUUGUUGUGAAUGAAUUAAUGAAGAAGAAGAAGAAGAAGAAAAAAAAGGUAAGGAAUAGAAGAGAAAUAUUACUAUAAUUGUUAUUGAUGUUCUUAUUAUUAUUACCGGAUACCAUAUAUAAUUAUUAAUUUGCUUUCACAUCAA